CCUCCCUCAACGGCUAUGCCCGGUCACCUGUCACUACUACUGGUUCAAUAAGUCAUCCUUCUCCCCUUCCAUAUAUAAAUGCCUCCCGAUUUGCUUCCUUCGUCUCCUCUCUUUAACCGAAGGUGAGCCUCCGCCUCUGCCACCUUAGUAACAAUACUCCCUCUCUCAAACACCAGCCCUCUUCUUUCUGUUGAAAAGAAAAUAGUUUAGAAAUUUUUUGUGUUUGUUUCUGUAAUCAGUUUUUAGAGUUAUUUUUUUUAUUGUUCCAAUGGCUUCUACAAGGAAGGAUGUGGAUCGGAUCAAAGGUCCAUGGAGUCCAGAAGAAGACGCGGCUUUACAGCGGUUGGUUCAAACGUAUGGCCCCAGGAACUGGUCUUUAAUAAGCAAAUCGAUACCGGGUAGAUCAGGAAAGUCUUGUAGGCUCCGAUGGUGCAACCAGCUUUCCCCUGAGGUUGAACACCGACCCUUCACUCCUGAAGAAGAUGACACCAUAAUUAGAGCCCAUGCCCGCUUCGGCAACAAAUGGGCUACCAUCGCUCGACUCCUCAAUGGCCGUACAGAUAACGCGAUUAAGAACCACUGGAACUCGACCCUGAAGCGAAAAUGCUCUUCCAUGACUGAUGAUUUGAACGAUGAUUCGCCGCAGCCGCUUAAAAGAUCGGCCAGUCUUGGUACUGGUAAUAAUGUAUCGGGUCUUUACCUGAACCCCAGUAGUCCUUUGGGAUCCGAUUUGAGUGACUUGAGUUUGCCCGCUACCUCACCGGUUCACAGACCGUUAGCAAGAGCUGAUUCUUUGGUCCCUUCCACUCAGCAUAUGGAAACAGCAUCAUCGACAACGGAUCCACCUACCUUACUCAGCCUCUCGCUGCCUGGAUCCGAUUCUUGUGAAAUCUCUGAUCAGGGACCAGUAUCCAAUCCUAUUCCAAGUCCAACCCAGGUGACAACAGCACCCCCAGCUCCUGCUUCGAUUCCAGCUGUGCAGUUGCAGCAAGUGGGGGUACAAAACGGUGAGUUUAGGAUGGAGAAGCAGUUUUUUAGCGCUGAGUUUUUGGCAGUUAUGCAAGAGAUGAUAAGAAAAGAAGUAAGAAACUACAUGGCUGGUAUUGAACAAAAUGGGCUUUGUUUUCAAACUGAGGCUAUCAGAAAUUCUGUUGUUAAUCGUAUUGGAAUUAGCAAGAUUGAGUAGACUACGAGAAGAUCAGCAGGAGAGUUAAAAAACAGAGUCUUUUGUUUCCUUUAUUCGGUUUUAAGUCUUUUUGUUUUUGUUGGUUUAGUUCUUUUAUCGUUGGUUAUAGAAAUAAUAAUUUUGGUAGUGUACAGUGGGAUAAAAUGGGUGGAAUCAAGAAAAGAGAGGAUGUUGUUCAUGAGCAAGGUGGAAGGAGAUUACCAGGUUGGACAGAAAGGACAUGAACCGUUUUUGUUUGACGCCUGGAGUUCUGUAUAAAACCGAAACCAAAAAGAGUUAUGGUUUUGUUUCUGUUUGGUAGUUUACUUAAGUGGUGGGUUUGAAGAUUUUAAGGAAUGUGAUAGAACCUUUUGAUACUUAUCAAUAGUUGAAAACCAACAAAAUUUCUGGUCCA